AUGCUUUUAGUGCAGAUCCUGAGGCCACCAACUUUAUUGGCCCUUGUCCUGGGAACAGUCCUUAUCCUCAGCUACACCUUCCACAGAACGGAGACCAAGGUAGGAAUCAUUCGUCACCCAGUUUUUUCUAUGAAAAUAAAAUGUUGGCAAAGCGAAAGAGUGGAAUAUAAAGUGCCUUAAAGAGUUUUUUUUUCCUUUUUAAAAAGAGGGUCACUCCCUGAUGUUACAUCCAAUAUGUGUUUAGUGCCUGGUGACCCUUAAACAUAAAGUGAGCAUCUCAACUGGAACUUAAAUAAAUAAAUAAGAGAGAGAAAGAGGAGUUUUCACCACAAUAUUAAUUUAGAGUUCCCAGAGGUAUGACCAUGUUAAUCUGGAGCUGCAAAAAACAAAACAAAUCAGCACCUUAAGAAUCUAGCAAAUGCAUUGCGGCAUAGACUUCUGUGGAUUUAAGCCCAUUUCAUCAGAUGCAUUAAGUGAAAUCUUUGUAGGUAGGAUUAUGUAUACAGUGGUACCUCGGGUUACAUAUGCUUCAGGUUACAGACUCCGUUAACCCAGAAAUAGUGCUUCAGGUUAAGAACUUUCCUUCAGGAUGAGAACAGAAAUUGUGCUCUGGCGGUGCGGCAGCAGCGGGAGGCCCCAUUAGCUAAAGUGGUGCUUCAGGUUAAGAACAGUUUCAGGUUAAGUACGGACCUCUGGAACGAAUUAAGUACUUAACCUGAGGUACCACUGUGUAUAUAUACACACACACUGUUGAAUGGCAAUGUGAUGCAAAAACUACAGUCAUUAUAAUAAGAGAUUAAAUGUAUGCUACAAAUGUAGCAAUUUUACCAGGGCUUUUUUUUCAGCCAGAACAUGCCAGAACGGUGUACCGGGACCUCUCAGUUGGGCCAAGGAAGUGGAGGGAGAGACCUGACCAGCCUCAGCAAAGCCCUGCUGUGCCUCUGAUUCAUGAGGAGACCCUCCCAGGAGGCCAAAGGGGACAUCCACUACGAGCUCUGGAAAGGGUCUCCUUGCAAGUUGGAGGUGCAGCAAGGCUUAGUUGAGGCUCUUCAGCCUCCUGGCUAAUAGUAGAGGCGUGUGAAAGCUCUGCCUCAGCUGAGCAAGCCCCCCCCCCACCAUUCUGGCUCACAUGAGCCAGAAAUGCAAGGUAGGGAUUCAUUCAGCUGCUCAGAUAAGGUGCAGAAGGCUCCCCUCACCUCAGCUGAGCAGCCUCAACAAGCUUGAAGUGAGUUUUCUGAGGGAAGUGUGUUCCAGCACCCUAUGUCUGGGGAAAAUGCACUGAAUGUUACAAUUGCCUUGUUUGUUUGUUUGUUUUCUAAUAUUUAUAUUUUAUUAAGGUGAUUUCAGUUAAAAGAAAUAAAGUGUUGGAAAGAAGGAAAAGUGAGAGGGAGAAAAACAACAAGGAUACAUAUAAAUGUGAAAAUAUACCAAAAAAGAAGAAACAGUAUACAAUAUUCCCAUACGUUCAUGUAUAAAUUGCUAUAGUGUUGUUGUCCUAGUGCUUAUGAAAAUGUUAAUAGCCUACUACAUUUUGUAUAAACUCAUUCCAAGUGUUCUUGUAUUUAUCCACACAGUGUCUGCACCUGUAAGCCGUCCGUUCAUAAAUUGCCUUGUUAAAUCAGACCAACUGCCAUGUAAUCCAAUAUUUAGCUUUCGGUUGAGGCCAAUCAGAGACCUCUGGGAUGCAUGGAACUGUGCGUGUUUGUGUGUGAAAGUGACCCCCUUCCCCAGUCCUUUUGUCCCUGCCACCUGAUAUUUAGGGGUAUACUGCUUUUGUAUAUGGAGUAUCACAGAUCAUUACUUACACCAGAACUGCGUGAAGCUGACAUCUCCUCUUAAAAAACAAAGUUGGCAUUUUUGCCCAUCACCAUAUUAAACAUCUCUUGUUACAUUGUGCCAGUUCACCUCUUUGAAACAACCCCUCCUAUGCUUUCACAGUUUAGCCAAAUCCAGCCUGAAGAUGUAUAUAUGUAUUUAUUCAGCAAGUUAUAAGAGGAAAGUGGGAAUCUAUCAUUCAGUGCCUGUUUCCGCAAAUAUAUUGCCAUUGAAUUGUGAGGGUAUUGGCUUGAUUCUGCCUCCAGAAAUCAGUGGCCUGAGAAUAAACUCCCCCCACCCCUAUGUUUGGUGAUUCAGGAUGAGAAAUUAUUUUGGGGCGCUAGGGAAGAACCCACAUUUUGGUUUCAUCAUUUCCAAUUUGCUGCAAAUGAACCCAUUGGAGCUGAGGCAGUGUCUCUGUGCUCACCCUUGAAAUUAUUUAUUUUUAAUUCCACACUCAAGUUUACCAUCUUUGGAGGCCUUGGGAAGCAAUUUAAAGAAAAUGAAGUUCCUGCAGGUAUUGGUAAGCAUUUUCUUGUUAAUUUUGUAACCACACCAGGCAUUAUAUCAAUACAACGCAUUGUGAACAAUGUUCAUUUUCAAUAAAGAAAAUAUGUGGUGCAGCUUAUUCCCUACCUCUGUUUCCCAGAUUCUUGUAAAUUAAAACAUUUUUAAGAUGAUGGAGGGAUUGCAACUUGGUGGUAGAACAGUAAGACCUAGGACACAGGUAGGCAAACUAAGGCCCGGGGCCAGAUUAGGCCCAAUUGCCUUCUAAAUCCAGUCCCGGAAUCAGUGUGUUUUUACAUGAGUAGAAUGUGUCCUUUUAUUUAAAAUGCAUCUCUGGGUUAUUUGUUGGGCUUGCCUGGUGUUUUGACAUAAGCAGAAUGUGUGCUUUUAUUUAAAAUGCAUCUCUGGGUUAUUUGUGGGGCAUAGGAAUUCGUUCAUUCCCCUCCCCCCAAAAAAAAAUAUAUAGUCCGGCCCCCCACAAGGUCUGAGGGACAGUGGACCAGCCCCCUGCUGAAAAAGUUUGUUGACCCUUGACUUAGAAUGACUGCCCAACAUUUCCCAUUAAAAGGACAACGUAGCAGCUAAUUUGAAAAACCAUCUGCUUGAGGCCCUGCAGAAUCUGCACCAAUAUACAGACAGUCCAUAAUACUGGGCUACAUGCACUAAGUGUCUAAUAUAAGGUGGCUUCCUUUUUAAUACUAUUAAAUGCUUCAAUCACAGACAGCAGGAGUGAACUUUGGGCAAUGAAAGAUGGAACCCCGAGACAUGCUAGAAUGGAAUGGGCAGAAAAGGACAAAGAAAUUAAAGCUGUCCUUAGAAAACUAGAUGACCUGAUGCCCAGCAUCACUUUCAUGGAUAUCAAUACCACCACAAGUGCUAAGAACAGCAAGGCCACCAUCUUAAACUACAAAAGCUCUUAUUGUGUUGGCGAGUAUUUGAUGGUUCGACUGGAUUUAUACAACUACUUGGGCAAGAGGAAGGAAUACGGAGGAGACUUCUUACGAGCGAGGAUCUCCUCUUCAAGUCUUAGGGCUGGAGCUUCUGGGCGCAUCACAGACUAUAGGAAUGGGACGUACCUGGUCAAUUUCACUUUAUUUUGGGAGGGCGAUGUCAGAGUGUCCAUCUUGCUCAUCCACCCCAGCGAAGGAGUUUCAGCACUGUGGGCUGCAAGGAAAAAAGGCUACGACAAAAUAGUUUUCAAAGGCAAAUUUUUAAACAAAACGUUAGAUGUCUUCACUGAAUGUGGAUUUAACAAGACCACAAAUGCAGAACUGUGCGAGUAUCUAGAUGAGCGAGACCAGGAGGCCUUCUACUGUGUGAAACCAAAAUAUGUGCCAUGUGAAGCUUUCGUCCAGCUUUCGUCCAACAACAGACCCAUCUCAUACUUAACAGCCAUAGAAAAGAGACUUUUAAACAGGUACAUUCUUUGCUGUUCAAAUGCUUUAUCUUAGGGAAGUACUGAAAACUCCUAUGGGAUCCUCUAAAAGGUUCUUUGAAAACAAAAUCUGAGUGAUGAUAUCUUAUCAUCUCUGCUGGCCAUGCUGGGAAGAAAAUCUCCCUUGUUCCAUCCAUUUGCAGAACCAGGGAAGGUUUCUUCACAGACCAUUAAGUGCACACCCUCCAAUAUUUCUCCAAUGAAAAUAGGGACAUCCUAUUCCAUAACAAUAAUAAUAAUAAUAAUAAUAAUAAUAAUUUUAUUAUUUAUACCCUGCCCAUCUGACUGGGUUGCGCCAAUCACGCUGGGUGGCUUCCAACACAUACAAAAAUAUAAUAAAACAUUAAACACUAAAAAAUAUAAUAAAACAUUGGCUCAGGGGUUGCACAAUCCCAUGCCCUCCAACAUUUCUCCCACGAAAAUAGGGAUGUCCUAAGGAAAAGUGGGACAUUCUGGGAUCAAAUCAGAAACCUGGACAGCUUCUGUAAAUCCAGUACUGUCCCUGGAAAAAAAAGGGAUACUUAGAGGAUCUGAAAGUGGCUUUUGAAAACAGGGAGAAGUUGUGCUUCCAUCUCUUUUCUGAAGUUCGGUUAUCAAAACAGGUUACAAACAGGUGUUCCCACUCCCCUUCCAAUGGAAGCUUGGCUCAAGUGUUGAGUUUCCAGCAGUAGCCAUUAAGGUGUGUAAAAACCUAAUUUGUCCUCGUCUGCUUUUCUCUAAUGAGUAUUUUCUCUUUCUUGAACGUCCAGUGUUGGAAUUCAGAUACCUCAGAAUUUCGGGAACAUUCGUGUCGUGCCCUGCAAAAGUAAGCUAGACUAUCCGGUUCUGGUCACAACUUGAAUGCAACAAAUGACGAAAUUGAGGGAAGGCCUGUAUUUUUAAUUGGUAUUGUAAGACUGAGGUGCAAUGUGGCAAGAACAGGACUAUUUGAAAAAAGAUGAUGGGAGGAAGAGUUUGAAAGGGGCAAGAGAGAGAGGUCAUGGGAAGAAUAAUGGAAGGGAGAAAAUUCAGUUAUUGCUUAGGAUGACUUGAUUUCCUACAAAGAUGAGAAUCUGAAUAGCCAAUCACUUCCUGGAGAGGUCUUGUGUGGUCAGAGGCAGUAUCAGCGACUACUUCCUUCUUCAUCCUCUCAUUUGUUAUAUUUCUUCAGCGAGUAAGGUGACGAGAGAGAAGUGCAGGAUUGGGAUGGCUUCUCCUGUCCCCAGUGGCUACGUUUUGCGCAACACCUGGCACCCAGAAUUUUGCUCCAUCCAUGAUUUCAGCACUUUGGAUAAGAUCCGUGCGAGUCUGAAGAGCAAAAUGAUUUAUCUCAUGGGGGAUUCAACAUCAUUUCAAUGGAUUUAUUACCUUACCAAGAGAGUGACAAGUACGUCCUGGCUGGGUUUUGGAUUUUCUCACUCUUCUGAGAUCCAAAAUGUUGUUUUCCUUCCUUCCUUCCUUCCUUCCUUCCUUCCUUCCUUCCUUCCUUCCUUCCUUCCCAGUUUAGAAAUUUUGGACUACACCCUCCUUUGAACAGCAGAUCCCCAAGACCUGUUAUUGCAAUGGGCAGUUUCUUAAGUUUCCAAAGCAGCUUGCUUUGCAGAAUGUGGGAUGUGGGACUGUAGUUUAAGGCAGUGGUUUUCAGCCUCAGGUCCUCAGAUGUUGUCGAACUACAACUCCCAUCAUGCCCAGCCAACUUAGUCAAUGACCCAAAUUGAAGAACACUGGCUUUAAGGAAUGCAGCCCUCUGUAGUUACACAAAGAUAGCUGCGUAAUUCUGCGGCGUUAGAGUCUUCAGUAAAGAGGAGUUUCCCUGCCUUCUCACAUGAGAUACAAUCCUUGACAUUUCCAGUUAAAGUAUCUGGAACCAUCUGCUUGCUAACAAGUGCUCUACCACUAAGUUAUGGACUCUUGGACCUGACUACCUAGUAUUGUGAAUGAGCUCAAGCGCUCUGAAUAAUUUUUGGGGAGGGAAUGUUGUUGGACCCUUGGAAGAUCAAGACAUGUAGGGCAGAAAAGUUAUCCGCCCAAGGCAUGAUGGAAAACAGCAACAACUAGGAAAAGAUAGACAUAACAUUUUACAAGGACAGGAAGAAACACCAUGGACAGAAUAAUUGCUACACACAGGAAGAAGAAGGAUAUAGUUUGAAUAAUUCACCUGUUGAUUUAUAAAUCAUUUAAUGUGUCAAUAAAAAUGGAAGGCAUUAAUAUUGCAGUUGUUGUAUAAGGGAUUGUUAUUUUGACUGGAGUGUAAUUGAAAUUAAUAAGAUUUUUUUUUUUUCAGGGUGUCUUCCUGGUUUUUACUUUUUGUUUUUUUUUAAUAAUUUUUUUAUUAAGGUUUUAAACAAACAAAAAAGAAAAACAACACACACAAAAAACAAUACAUAACUUAACAAUAAAAACACAAAACAUAACAAUUAAAAACAAACUCUCUUUUCCAUUUCCAAUUUUAAAUUACUUAUUUUCUGGACUUCCUCAUACCUCCCUCUUUUGUAUUCCAAGCUACAUUAUUUGUCCAGCAAUUUCUUUUCCACUUUUUUAAUCCCAAUCUUUAAUUUAAUAAAACGUUAAAAUAUAUAACCUCAACUUUUUUAAACCUAAUCCUUGAUCUUAAUGUCAUAUAGCUUUAAAUUUUUCCCUUUUAUUAUCAAAUUUCCAUUUCUUAAAACAUCUUUAAUCUUGAUCUUUAAUCUUAAUCUAUCCUUAACUUUAACCUGUACAGCUGGAAACCACUUGUUUUCAGUCCAACAUCACUCUAACAUUCCUUAAUUUUGCAGUGUUUCUGAAGAUAGUCUUUGAAUUUCUUCCAGUCUUCCUCCAUCGACUCUUCUCCCUGGUCACUGGAUUCUACCAGUCAUUUCCGCCAAUUCCAUAUAGUCCAUAAGUUUCAUCUGCCAUUCCUCCAGCGUGGGAAGUUCUUGUGUCUUCCAAUACUUUGCGAUGAGUAUUCUUGCUGCUGUUGUUGCAUACAUAAAGAAAGUUCUAUCCUUUUUUAACACCAUUUGGCCUACUAUGCCCAGGAGAAAGGCCUCUGGUUUCUUGGGGAAGGUAUACUUAAAUACCUUUUUUAAUUCAUUAUAUAUCAUUUCCCAGAAAGCCUUAAUCUUUGGGCACGUCCACCAAAGGUGAAAAAAUGUACCUUCAAUUUCUUUACAUUUCCAACAUUUGUUAUCGGGCAAGUGAUAGAUUUUCGCAAGCUUGACUGGGGUUAUGUACCACCUGUAUAUCAUUUUCAUAAUAUUCUCUCUUAAGGCAUUACAUGCCGUAAAUUUCAUACCUGUGGUCCAUAACUGUUCCCAGUCAGCAAACAUAAUGUUAUGACCAACGUCCUGUGCCCAUUUAAUCAUAGCCGAUUUUACCGUUUCAUCUUGAGUAUUCCAUUUCAGCAGCAAGUUAUACAUUCUUGACAAAUUCUUGGUAUUGGGUUCUAACAAUUCUGUUUCUAAUUUGGAUCUUUCCACCUGGAAGCCAAUUUUCCUGUCCAAUUUAAAUACCUCCAUUAUUUGAUAAUAAUGAAGCCAGUCUCGCACUUUGUUUUUAGUUUUUCAAAACUCUGCAAUUUCAGUCUAUCUCCGUCUUGUUCCAAAAUUUCCCAAUAUUUCGGCCAUUUGACCUCCAUAUUGACCUUUUUCAAGGCUUUUGCUUCCAUUGGUGACAGCCACCUUGGAGUUUUAUUUUCUAGCAAAUCCUUAUAUCUUAUCCAGACAUUAAACAGUGCUUUCCUGACAAUGUGGUUUUUAAAUGCUUUAUGUGCUUUGACCUUAUCAUACCAUAAAUAUGCAUGGCAUCCAAAUACAUUAUUAAAACCUUCUAGAUCCAAAAUGUCAGUGUUUUCAAGAAGUAGCCAUUCUUUCCAACCAGCAAAAGGCUGCUGAUUCAUAGUACAGUUUAAGGUCUGGCAGGGCAAAUCCACCUCUUUCCUUUGCAUCCGUUAAUAUUUUAAAUUUUAUUCUGGGUUUCUUGCCCUGCCAGACAAAUUUAGAAAUAUCUUUCUGCCACUUCUUGAAACAAUCCAUUUUGUCCACGAUCUGCAAAGUUUGAAACAAAAACAACAUUCUGGGCAAUACAUUCAUCUUUAUCGCAGCAAUACGGCCUAGCAGUGAAAGCUUCAAAUUUGACCAAAAUUCUAAAUCUUUUUCACUUCUGACCAACAUUUUUCAUAAUUAUCUUUAAAUAAAUUCCCAUUUUUUGCUGUCAUGUUAAUCCCCAAGUAUUUAACUUUCUUAACCACUGUUAAACCUGUCUCAUUCUGAAACCUCUCUCUUUCUAACGGUGUUAAAUUUUUCUCUAAAACCUUGGUUUUUUUGACUUAUUAAAUUUAAAUCCUGCCACUUGACCAAAUACUUUAAUCAGUUCUAAAACCCUUUUGUACUAGAUUCUGGCUCCUGUAACGUCAAUACUAAGUCAUCUGCAAAUGCUCUCAAUUUAUAAUGUUUAAUUCCAACCUGUAUACCUUUAACCAUCUGGUCCCUUCUAAUCAUAUUCAGCAGAACCUCCAGGACCAAAAUAAAAAGAAGAAGUGGGACCAGAUGGUUAAAGGUAUACAGGUUUAUUUAAAUUAAUAAGAUUUUGGAAUGCAGAAAUAAAGUAAAUCAUCAAACCAUCAAUUCUAGCACACAGGGGGGCACCUAAAUUAUAUAAUUUGGCAUCUGAAUGGUUGGUAUUAGUAACUGUAUUAUAAUAUGGCAUUGUUAUAAUGAGGCUAUAAUUGGAAUAUUGUAAUUGAAAACUAAUAAAUAUAUUAUAAAAAAAAGAAAAGCUGUCCCUUGGAACCAUCACAACUUCCUUGCUAUUAGUUUUCAAAACAUUCCUAUUAAAGUAUUUCAUUUCCUCUUUCCAACCUCUUCUUUGUUAGCGCUGAAGUACUUUGAUCACCAAAGCGUUCCAGUCUUCAAGACACGUGUGGCUUUGGACCUGGAGAGGAACACAUUCAUCCAGUGGAAAAAACACGGAUACCCCCUCGUGACAAAGUCCUUCUAUUCAGUGAAAGAUCUGAAUUACAUUACUCGGGAAAUCGACCAAGUAGCAGGGGACAGCGACACAGCCAUCGUCAUCGCUAUAGGUCAGCACUUCAGACCAUUCCCCAUGGAUCUCUUUGUGCGAAGGGUUGUAAACAUUCGCCGCGCCAUUGAGCGCCUUCUCCUGAGAAGCCCUGACACAAAAGUCAUUGUCAAAGCAGAGAAUAUCCGAGAAAUGAAUGCAGACACAGAGCGAUUUGGCGACUUCCAUGGCUAUGCCCAAUACCUUGCCAUGAAAUACAUUUUUCGAGGUCUCAGGGUUGGCGUAAUUGAUGCCUGGGACAUGACUAUCGCCUAUAAUUCAAACACAGUUCACCCACCAGAACAAGUGGUUUGGAGCCAAAUCAUGAUGUUUCUAACAUACCUCUGUUAAGAAUGACCUUGCCCCUUAUGAUCAACGGAGAGAACCGUCUUGCCUGUUCCAUUUGUGGCUGCUAGGCUGGUGACUGGAGCAGCCCGAUGGGACCAUGUGUCUCCACUCUUGAAGGCACUGCAGUGGUUGCUGGCCCAAUUUAAGUACUAGCAUGCAAACCUGCAAACAGCUUGGGAUCCAAGUACUGAAAAGCACCUCCCUCAAUAUCAACCAUCUUGGGCCCUACGAUUGGCAGGGAGUCCACCACCGAAUGCUGCCUAGUUAGCACUGAUCCGUGCCAGGGGUCUUCUUGUUGGCAUUUGUGGAAUGCCCUCCCUGGUGAGAUGUGUCUGCCUCCCUCACUAACAUUCAGGAAAAACUUUAAAACAUUCCUCUUCACCCCGGCUAAAAGAUGCUGUUCCUAGAAACCUUAAAUUAUUAGCUGUGGAAUCACUCUCAAAUAGCGAAUAAUCAGAUUGGGGGCAGCUGCUUCUGUGCAAGUAACCAGCAGGAAGCCUCUUGGCUAAAUCUCAGUGAGAAACAUGAUCUAUCACAUGAAGUCUCUUGGGAAACUUGAGCUUGUGUGUAACAUCCUGGUGUGCAUUUGCUAAUAGCCUAAUCUUCCAAUCCCAGGGUGGCUUCCGCUGAGCCAGGUUACAACAACUGUUGCUCGGGCUGCACUAGAUGAGCAGCAGUUCAGCUUUUUAUUCAUAGGCAAAAGUACUGCACAUGGCUGAGUGGAAACCAGAAGAGGGAGCUAAAGGCACUGAGAACAGACACUAAAAUAGAACUCUGUAUUGAUUUCUAGUUGUGCAGCAGGGCUGGCCACCAUUCUGUUUACCAAAAUGUGCCUUUGUGCUUGUGCGGAAUGCUUUUCGUUUGCAAAAGGAAUGCUUCAUCAUACGUCUGGAGGGCCAUUGGGCUAUUCAGUUAAACCCGGUGCCUGGCCCUUGUCUGUGUGUCCAGAAGCUACCUUGUCAGAAAUAUGGCUUGGAUUUCAGGAUAGAGAAAUCUGUCAGCUUUGGCUUGCCAAGUUUCCAAGUUUCUUAAAUUUGGUUACCUGCAUUUCCUCUACAAUUAGAUUUUUUUUAAAAAAAAGAUAUCCUCACGAAACACCAUCAGCAUAUUAGUGUAGAUUUCUCCUAUUAAACAUGUUUCCGUAUGCAGUUUUGACCAAUAUACACAUUCUUGCAAGCAACUUUCUCGAAAAUAAUGCAUUUUGUAUGUUAUUUUUACUAAUAUGUGCACUACUCUUUGGAACUCCCUUCCCAUUGAUCUUCGUCGGGUUCUUUUCUGUAUUGGUUUCAGCAAUUGUUUUUGUUUCCGCAAGCCUACCAAGGCAUGUAAUUUUCAUAUAUGUGUAGCAACUGUUUUAUUUACUGUAUUUUUCGCUCUAUAAUACGCACCAGACCACAAGACGCACCUAGUUUUUGGAGGAGGAAAACAAGAAAAAAAAUAUUCUGAGUCUCAGAAGCCAGAACAGCAAGAGGGAUCGCUGCGCAGUGAAAGCAGCAAUCCCUCUUUCUGUUCUGGCUUCUGGGAUAGCUGCGCAGCCUGCAUUCGCUCCAUAAGACGCACACACAUUUCCCCUUACUUUUUAGGAGGGAAAAAGUGAGUCUUACAGAGCAAAAAAUAUGGUAUAUUUUUAAAAUUUGUGCUAACUUGUUUUUCAUGUUUGUUUUUAUCUGCAUAUAUAAAGAAAGUUUUAGAUUACCACUCAGGUGCCUUCUGUCAAGGAAGCGACUUACAAUUUUUAUUAAAUAAAUAAAAAUAAAAUCAAUGGCCUGGACCUUGAAGCUCUCUAUUAUCCAACCAGUUGUUUGAUAAUAUGUAUUACGGACUCUCUGCAAAACUGGAUGAGUGUGUGCAGAAUGUGCUGGAAAAAGAUCUCCGUGGACCAGAAGGGGUGUGGAAUAACUUUUGCUAAACCUCCUCCAGGAGAAAUCAUCACCUCCCUUUUUUACACAUGUCUCUAAGAGGUACCUCAAACUAAGGCAGGGGUUGCCCGUGUGUCACCCAUAUAUGUCUUCCUUGGUACCCACAAGGUCUUCUCCACCUGCUGAAGUUUGGAGUUGUUGUUUUAAAGCAUUCUGUUGUAGCUCAUAGAAUAGGUGGGUUGAGUAGCACAAAAAGAAUGUGCUGUUUUGGCAGAUAGGUUAUGCCAGCCUGAUCCUGGUACUAGAUCUUCCAGUGCCAGGAUUCUAGGAAUUUAGCUGUGACAUGGGAUAGUCCCAUUAUCGACUAGAGUAAGUGAUCCCAGGGUUCCACCCAUUUGCAGGUAACGCCUUCUGAGCUAGGAAGGCAUUUGGGGAAGUUUUUAAUGUGUGACAUUUUAAUGUAUUUUUAAUCUUUAUAGGAAGCUGCCUAGAGUGGUUGGGGAAACCCAGCCAGAUGGGUGGGGUACAAAUAAUAAAUUAUUAUUAUUAUCACCUAACGGAAGGUAUGUAUGUGGUGGUUAUUGUGCAGAGAGGUAAACCUGCAUAUCCCCAGGGGGUCUUCGUUCCCCACACACCAUUAUGUUCAAAGUUGAUACGCAGAAAGCAUCAAAAGGAAUUAGAAGAGUGAAUAAAGCCGCCUUGUAACUUGGUUGAAUAGGCUUGGGCAUGGAGAGAGCAUGAACUAUGGACUAAAGCUGUCCACAUUAAAUUUCCUUAUGUACAUAAGGGAAUAUUGAUAUUGACAAUGGGUUCUUUCAUGUGCUUGUUGAUACUUUCCAAAGACUCAAGAGACGCUGUUGUCAUAAUGCCAACCUUUUGGUGGCUUUUGCCUCAGGCCAAUUUCACUAAAUAUCCACACCAGCCAAAUUCACCCGCAACCUGGUUUUGCUACUGGGGACAAUCAGCCUCUGACCCCAGAACUGACACAGUUGUGUUUCUGGCUAACUUUGACUGUUUAGCUGAUUUUUCAAGGCCUGCGUCUUCUGGCGAGACCUUUAGUCAGGGCAACCAUCUUAGCCUAACCCAACCACUGGCUUCCUUCUUCAGUUCUUCACCAGCCAAGUAUUGCUAACACACUUAGGGUGAAUAGCUUAAUAUUCAGACCUCAGCUCUCCACUAUUGACCCUAACCCCUCAGUCUUUUCAAAUCUUUGCCUCACACUUCGCCCAUCAACUGACUUUCCCAACCGACUUUCCAAACUGAUGUUUGUUUUCCACAGUUGACAAUUAACUACCCUUUAUCCACCAACCAGAACUUCCAGCCAAUCAGAGCCUGCCGUUCCCUUGACCAAUCAAAAUGGAGUUUUCUGAUCCAGGCCCCUAUAAAUACUCGAAGCAGUGCUAUCCCUCUUGCAGAAUCUGUUGCCAAGCUGCUACUGCCAAACAGGCCUGCAACAUAGUAAGAGUUCAAGGCUUUGGACUUUGAGGAUGUUGCUCUACAUCAACGGAGGCCGCAGAAACCUUUUUUGUUGUUGUUGUUGUUUAUAAAGGGCAAAGAAUGUACAGAUAUACACAUAGCAUUUUUCCACACUGUGUCUCAAAUUUGCUAAGAUUCUUCCAUCCCCAGAUGGAAGACUAAGAUAUGGCCUAAUCAAUCACAUGAUAUAAAUAAAAUAAUAAGAAAAUUUUAUUUAUAUCCCGCCCUCCCCAGCCGAAGCCGGGCUCAGAGCGGCUAACAACAGUAAAAUAAUACAACAUUCUAAAAUCAUUUCAUUAUAUGGUACAUUCACACUAUUUGAAUGGCAAUGCCCAUCAACUUUGGUGGGGCCUGUCCCCAUUUAAAAAAAAUGGGGGGGGAGGGACCUCAGUCUCUAGGCGUUGGCUCCUAUGCCCUCCCACCCUAUUUCUUUCUGUAGACUUCUGGGAUAUUAUGCUCCCUCACCAGUCCUUGAGCCCAGUGCAGCACUGUACUUUGAUUCCUAUGGUCAGAGAGUCUGUGUUUUAAAGGGCCUGCCUGAGCAUCAUGCCUUCUUCCAUUCUUGAGAUCAAACAUCAGAGGUUAGAGGUGAGGUCAGGUGGUUGGCAGCAAUUUUGAUGAAAAAGAGGGCACCCUUCACCCACUAUGAGAGAAAGAGAGACAGCAACAGAAGCAGUUUUGAACAAGGAAAUGAUAGACCCAGAGAGAGGCCUAGCUAGGAGUUUGAAAGUGGUCUCCGCCUGUGUUAUUCAUAUAUUUGUAAACAAGCAAGGUUUGUUUGUUUGCUUGCUUGCUUGCUUGUUUUUAAGGACCAAAGGCCCAAGUACUCUCCAAAGGAAGCCAUCUGCUGGUAAUCUCUACCCUGGAAGUAUUAUUAUCAACAUGAUUAUUAUUUCACUUACUUAUUUUCAAUAUGUAACAUGGGAAUUCUUACAACUCAGAGAAGUAGGGAGUGCAUAUUCAUCCAUUCAAGACUCAGGAACUACAACCAGGUGGAGGUCUUCAUAUCUGAAAAUCAGCAGUAUUUUCAGUUAUUAAAGGGUUUAUUUGCAUUAUAGAAAUGCAUAUCCUAAUAAUAUCAGUAAGAGUGCAACAGAGUAGAAAAGAGAGAGAAAAAGAGAGAGAGCUCCUACUACUCUACUAAUGAUUUUCUGAUGUCAAUACUUACAGGCUACUGGGUUAAAUGAAUAUUCAGUGAGUUUUUAAAAACAUACAUUCUAGAAUAGUCUGUUGGAAAGUAUUACUACUCUCCCCCUGCCUUUGGUUGCAACAGGUUUGAAACCAAAGGCAGUGAAAAGGAAUUUCUCUGUGCCUUUUGACAGAGGUGCCAGGAAUAUCUUUGGUUUAUACCAUGACCUCAACAGCCUUCCUGGCUCUCGUGCUUGGAGUCAGUUUCUUCAUCAUCUACACUGUCCACAUCUACAAAACUGAUACCCAGGUAGAGUGUCUUACCUUAUUCAAUAACACAAACUAAUUCAUAAAGAUUUUUUUAAAAAAAUGGUGUAUGUACAUAUACCUGAAGGAGUGUCUCCACCCCCAUCGUUCUGCCAGGACUCUGAGGUCCAGCACCGAGGGCCUUCUGGCGGUUCCCUCACUGUGAGAAGCCAAGUUACAGGGAACCAGGCAGAGGGCCUUCUCGAUAGUGGCGCCCCCCCUGUGGAACGCCCUCCCAUCAGAUGUCAAAGAGAUAAACAACUUCCUGACAUUCAGAAGACAUCUGAAGGCAGCCCUGUUUAGGGAAGCUUUUAAUGUUUGAUGUUUUAUUGUAUUUUUAAUAUUCUGUUGUCAGCCACCUAGAGUGGCUGGGGAAACCCAGACAGAAGGGUGGGGUAUAAAUAAAAAGUUGUUGUUGUUGUUGUUGUUGUUGUUGUUGUUGUUGUUGUUGUUAAGACAUUUAGUUAAUUAGCACCUGAUGGCCCUGAAAUACAACAUGGAUUGGACUCUGGUGACCAUUUGAAAAUAGAAGUAAAUAGUUUGGCUCUUGCGGUGUGACACUUUUGCAGAAUGGAAUUUUAAAUGCAAUAUUCACAUUGAGUAAAUGUUUCUCUAUUUUUCAGGAAACCUUUUAUUGCAGCCUUUCCCCCUGUGGAAAAACAUUGUUUUUUAACUGCAGCCAACUGGAUGGUUGUGGAGGCCGCAAAUGUAUGGUUGGGGGCUCAAGGCAGUUGCCCUUCCCAAAUUAUUUUGACCCUGGCACCUGCUAUUCAGAUAUGCUUCCACAUGGAGGUUUUGCUUGGAAAUUGUGCCUUACUACUGCUCUGUUUUCUCCUUGUGAACGCUUGUAAUUCUUUCUUUCUCAUUGCAUGCUCCAGAUUCUCAUCUUCAGAGGUAUCACAAUGAGCCAUGUAUCAAAUCAGAUCAAUCACUUUGCUGGUGACAUUGGUGAGGCCUUUUUCAGUUCUCAUAUCUAUUCCCUACCAGCUCUUUCCCUGCUCCAUCCUCUUCCCAUUCCCUUUUGCCUUAUGUUGCUGGAGGCUGGCCGCUGCUGGCGCUUGUCAAAGGCGAAGCUGAGUCUGGUCUUCACAGAGCUUCACAACUGUGUGGGGUGGAAUGCUCUCUUCCUCCUCACAUACUAGAAUGAAAGUGAGGGAGAAGUGAAGGAUGCGAGAGCAGCAGCAGCAGCAGCAGCAUCUAGACUUGAAAGAGAAGGGUGCUUCAAAAGCAAAGCAUUAUCUCAACCUGGAAGAUGCAGGCGGAACCAGCAGGGAAAUCUUCCUAGGUUAUAGCCCAGUACUGAGUCAGGGAAGCAAAAUCCUUACAGGAACAGGUAUUGGGAAAAUAGUACAGGUUGAUGCAUAGUAUAGCAGGGAAGUAUACUAGGGGCCUAAGAGCUCCCCCACACUUCCGCUUGUUCGUGCCUAGAAAGCACAGGGGUCUGGACAGUUUUCCAUUUGUUCCAUUCUUUCCAGCUAAAAUCGAGCAGUUUUGCCUUUCUUCCUGGAAAACCAGUUCUUUAGCGCUAAAUCAGAACAAACAGCAAUUCUCAGAAAAUCCCAAUUCCCAAUUGUCCUGAUGCAGUGCUAAAUCACGGGUUUUCCUGGGUGAAAGUAGUGGAGCAAAUGGGCUUGCAAAACCCUGGGCUCGUUCACACUUCUGCUUGUUCCGUGCCUGAAAACAGUGGCGUAGCAUAGGGGGCACGGGGCGGUUGUCCCAGGUGCAAAAUUGUUAAGGGCGCAAAUUUCAACAUCUGGAGCUGCCUCAAUACAGCUGUGUGUGCUUCCAUCACUCAGCUCCAUUGAAAACAGCUUCUCCAUGUGAACCAGGAAGUGACCUCUCCAGAUUAUGGAACAACUCUUCUUAUCUCUGUGGCUAUGAUCUCCUGUAUGACAUGGAUGAUGUUAAGCCGUUGAAUGUGCAUGUGUACUCCUUCGGUUUCUCUUGCUCCCACCCCUCCACGUGGUCCUGGCAACCCACGUUACACCACAGCCUAGAAAGCAUGGGGCUGUUGUUUUCUGCUUGAUCCAUGCUUUUUAGGUAUGGGUCUGAGCAGUUUUCCACUUACCGCUCUCCUUUCCCAGGAAAACCUGCUAUUUCGUGUUCAAUCAGAGCAUACGCUGAUCUGGAGGAAACCCAAAUUGCUGUUUGAUCUGACUGAGCACUAAAGAGCAGAUUUUACCUUAGGAAAGGAGCAGGAUUAGAGGAAGUGUGGACAAAAACCUCCAAAAUAUGAGCUUUUGCUAUUCUGAGAACAAUCGUACAUUGACAGCAUGGAGGCAGAGGGGGAAGAGAAUCUAGAACAUGAAGGAUGCUACGUAAAUAUUUUAAAUUGAUAUUUGUAAGCCUUUAUAGGAGCCUCUUUUUUUCUUUUCUUUUUUACUGAAAAGUAAUGUAAAAAAUGCCAAUAUUAAUAUCCAUACCAGCCAUUACUUAAAGUAAUUGAUUAGGGGAAAUUAUAAAAUACAUUUUAAAACAAAGCAUAAAUAAAUAAAAUCUUGAUUGCGGUCCAAAGACCCACCAAACAAUUUCAGAACAAAAUACAGUUAAGACAGCCAACCACAAAAGAGAGAGGAACCGAGGCGGUCAUUUUGUUUUGUCUCAAGCAUGAUGAUCCUUGAUUCUUUUAACUUCCGAGAGAAACUUUGCCAUGGCCAGUGUAAUAUCAUUAACCCUGUCAUCCAAAAGAUAUUUAAUAUGGGAUGCUUCAGAUUUGUCCGGCAGAUUUGCCAGUAGGGGUUUGAUUAAAACAAAGCAUAUUACUGUUUUUUAAAAAAUGUGUCUGAUUUUCUUCCCAUGCUUCCUAGACUUUUAUGAACGAAUCCCAUAUUUUCCUAGCAUUCAGGUUUACUUGUAAUCACUUUUUUGAUUAAUUUGAAAGUAUUUUGAUUCUUUAAACAAAAAUUAUUCCAUCAAAGACAGCAGGAACAGAAUUUUGUCUAUGAAAGGCGACAUCCUGAUGAAUAUGAGGAUAGAGUGGGAAAAGAAUGACAAAGAAGUAAAAGACAUUCUGAGAAAGCUGAACCAGUUGAUGCCGAGUGUCACUUUCACAGAUAUAAUGACCACCACAAGUGCCAGGAACAGCAAGGCCACCAUAUUAAACCAAAAGGGUUCUUAUUGCGUUGGAGACCCCUUGAUGGUUCGGCUAGAUUUGUACAACUACUUGGGGGAGAGAAAGAAGUACGGAGGAGACUUCUUAUGAGUGAGGAUCUACUCUUCAAGUCUUGAGGCUGGAGCUUCUGGGCACAUCACAGACUAUAGGAACGGGACGUACCUGGUCAAUUUCACUUUAUUUUGGGAGGGCGAUGUCAAAGUUUCCAUCUUGCUCAUGCACCUUAGUGAAGGAGUUUCUGCACUGUGGGCUGCGAGGAAGAGAGGCUACGACAAAAUGGAUUUCAGGGGCAAGUUUCUGAAUGGGGCCUCACACGUCUCCACUAAGUGUGGUUUUGUCAGAAGCACAACUGCGGAUCUAUGUGAGUAUCUUGAUGAACGAGACCAGGAAGCCUUCUACUGUGUGAAACCAAAGAGGGUGCCGUGUGAAGCUCUUGUGAAACUUCAGUCUGACACAAAUCCUACCUCACAGACUUGGAAUGAAGACUUUUUAAGAGGUAUUUCACUCUCCUGUCUCUUCUUAAGGCCAACUGUCAAUGCAUUUCAUAACUCGCAGCCGGGUAUUUUAAGAAUUCUGCUGUUCAUUCUGUGAAUGUUUCAUUUUGAGGCAGUUUGGGUCUGUGUGUUUGCUCUCUGGAGCUCAUCGGCAGUCAGAAAGCCAUACAGAAUCCCCAGGGUCAAUGAUGAAUAAGCGGGUGCAAUGCGGUGUCUUUUUAGAAGUAUCUAAAAAUAGGAGUUAUGGAUAUGGCUUUAAAGGGGGAUUUGACAAAUUCAUGGAGGUGAGGGCUACUGGUGGCUACUAGCCAUGGUGGCGAUGCUCUGCCUCCACAGCUAGUCAGUAAUGCUGGAAACCACAGGAGGGGAGGGAGCUCUUAUGUUCAUGUCCUGCUUGCAGGUUUUUGGUCAGAUGCUGGGCUAGAUGAGCCAUUGGCCUGAUCCAGCCAGUGUGGUGUAGCCACAGACCAAACAAGAAGUCUUUUAUAGUCUUCCUUUCUGUUCAGGAGGCCGGCCUGGGUGGUUGGGGACAUUCUGGAGCAGAGUUUUCCCAAACUUGAGUCUCUAGCUGUUUUUGGACUACACUUCCCAUCAUCCCUGACCACCGGUCCUGCUACUUGGGAUGAUGGGAGUUGUAGUCCAUAAGCAGCUGGAGACCCAAGUUUGGGAAGCCCUGUUCUAGAGCUGAACAGUAGUUGGGGGGGGGCAAUGUUCCAAUCUGCAGUUCAGGUGCCUCACCACAUGGGGGGGUGAUGUGUGGUGUAGUGGUCUCUCAGCCUCACUCACCUCACAGAGUGUUUGUUGUGGGGGAGGAAGGGAAAGGAGAUUGUUAGUCGUUUUGAGACUCCUUCGGGUAGUGAUAAAGCGGGAUAUCAAAUCCAAACUCCUCCUCUUCUUCUUCUUUUGUUCCCAUGUGUGUGUACGUGCCCCUUCUGGGGUUGUGCAGGCUGAAAUGAUUACAAAUGGGUAAGCUGUUCCUCUCCCAAGAUAGAUCCUCUUCCCGGCUUGGUUGCUCAAUACAAUGAUGAUCAAGAUUAUUGGAAUCUGUUUGCAGUAUUGAGGAAGAAGAUGGGUAGAAGGUUUCAUCUGCUGGAUCCAAGCCUCCAGCAUGCAUCACAAAGGCAGUUGGUUACAUCACCAGUUAAAUACACAUUUGUGUUGCAAAAUAUUGGCUUUCAACAGUUAUGUGGGGCAAACAAUUGCUUAAUUUCCAGCUGAAGAUUGGGCAAGUUCUGCAAUAGAAGUGAACAGUGGUUGGAGUGGUGUUGGUUGUGCGGGCACAUCUUUACCCUGUGUUCUCUGUUAACUUGUAUCUUAGUUAAUCUCUAAGAUCCAGACCCAGACAAUCCUCAGAGCACCAAUAUUGGGCUUAUCCACACUCACCUUUCUUCCUACACUUCCUAGGCACAGAUCUGUGCUUUAUAGCUCCAUGUCUGAGUGCUCUUCUCUUUGUCCCAGAGUUUCACCCACAAAACUCGCUCCUUAAAGCUGAAGCACAAAAAAACAGCAAUUUGGGGUUUUUGUGGUUUGCCAUUUGCUCCAAUUCAGCGUUAAAGCAUGGGUUUUUGUGGGGGAAGCUCCAGAGCAAAAAAAUAAAUAAAUAAAAUUACAUUACAACAAUAUAGAAGUCAUACUUGUCACAAUCAGAACUUACAUUUAUUUAAAAUAUUGGUGUGCAGCAUUCAGAAAGGCUUCCAAUAAAAAGACAGAAAAACAGUACAUUAUACAGUGGUAUCUCGGGUUACAUACGCUUCAGGUUACAUACACUUCAGGUUACAGACUCUGCUAACCCAGAAAUAGUGCUUCAGGUUAAGAACUUUGCUUCAGGAUGAGAACAGAAAUCGUGCUCUGGCGGCGCGGCGGCAGCAGGAGGCCCCAUUAGCUAAAGUGGUGCUUCAGGUUAAGAACAGUUUCAGGUUAAGUACAGACCUCCGAAACGAAUUAAGUACUUAACCCGAUGUACCACUGUAAUGCGGAAUACUUUACAGGGGAAAUGCAAGUAAUAGAACAAAUAUUUCCCUUAAGCAUUCAUUGCACAAGGAGUGAAUUGAACCAAAUUUCUUUCUUUUUAUCAGGUCCAUUUUAAUGUCAUUUUCUACUUGACCCAAUAAAAACCUGACAAUGUACAAAAGGCUUUGCAAAAUCAGAUUAAGAUUCACCUUCCAUUUACAGCAGCAACAUGUUAGAUGUGAGAAUUUAGUGGGAAACAUUGAUGAUGGAAAUAUUCCAAAUAUGCUGACUUCCUUUUUUCCCCCUUGAAGGAACAAAGUUGGAGCUGAGAUCCUGCAUCCAUUUGUGGGCAUCCAUGUUGUAUCCUGUGGAAGUGAGUUAGACCUUCCAGUUCUCAAUGCAACGUUUUGUUGGCACAUAUAAUGAAUGUAGGAAUUUGGGAUACAUUUUUUAGCACAUCACAGCCUUCAAAUACCUUGAGAUGGGCAGAACCAUCCUAUACUCCCAUCUUGCCAGGAAGAGGCUUACACCACCACAAUGGCUGCCAUAUAUUACAUAUAAAUGGGCAAUCCUUUCAAUGUGAGGGCCACCUUACCUCUUGAAUAACCUUCCAGGGUUGUAUUCCAGUGGUGGGUGUGAUCAGAGCAGAAACACGCAGUGACAGACUUUGGGCUUUCACAUUUCAGAGGCGCCCUGUGUGACACCAAAAUCCCACCCCCUGCCUCUCGCCCUCUCUUCCAAGUCAUUUUUGCAGUGACCCCUGCAGCGCCCUCUCAGCUCGGUGCCCAGUGGACGUGGGUGGUACUGUGGUCUAAACCACUGAGCCUCUUCGGCUUGCCGAUCAGAUGGUCGGUGGUUCAAAUCCCCGCGACGGGGUGAGCUCCCGUUGCUCUGUCCCAGCUCCUGCCCACCUAGCAGUUCAAAAGCAUGCCAAUGCAAGUAGAUAAAUAGGUACCUCUGCAGUGGGUAGGCAAACAGCAUUUCCGUGCGCUCUGGUUUCAGUCACGGUGUUCUGUUGCACCGGAAGCAGUUUAGUCAUGCUGGCCACAUGACCAGGACAGUUGACUUUGGACAAAUGCCGGCUCUCUCGGCCUGAAAGCCAGAUGAGCGCCACAACCCCAUAGUUGCCUUGGACUGGAUUUAACUGUCCAGGGGUCCUUUACUUUUACCUUUUUACCAAUGCAGGUCAUGCUCCGCUAAAUCCGCCUCUGAAACAGCAUGGAGCAAUGAACACAACUCUUCCCUUUUUACAGUUUUCUACACUCAAAGGUCAUUCCUCUUUACCCAGGCCUAUGGCUAUUAAAUUAUGGUCUGUGAAAGCGGAGGAGAUGGCUGUUACAAUGAUGACUCUUUUAUUAAUAGGCUGUCUGUCAGUAUGCUUUUUAUUAUGUUUUUAUCAUUGAUGUUCUCUAAUGUGUUUUUAUUGUUGUACUCAGCCCUGGGAUCUUUUGAUAAAGGGCAGUAUGUAAAUUGAAUUGAUGAAAGUGUUGUGGACAAGUAUCCAAUUCAAACAGGGUUAACUUAGCCAAUGAUCACACCGGGAGUGGAAAACAAAAAGCAGUUUAUUUGGUUAUAGCAGAAGGCACAGAGUGGGCACCUCUGAUGAGCACACGGUGAAUACUUAGACUGUUCCAAUACAUUGUUACAUGUGAGAAACGUUUGAUCCUGAUUACAAUGGGUUACAUACAUGUGGCAUUAAGCAUAGGCAUAGGUCUCAACAGAAAACCUUGGGGCUCAAUUCCCAGAAUCUUUUGGCCACUGUCCCUUCCCUCCUAGUUACAGGUAGGUAGCCAUGCUGGUCUGCCAUAGUCGAAACAAAACAAAACAAAAAACAUUCCUUCCAGUAGCAUCUUAGAGACCAACUAAGUGUGUUAUUGGUAUGAGCUUUCGUGUGCAUGCACACUUCUUCAGAUACCAAUAACAAACUUAGUUGGUCUCUAAGGUGCUACUGGAAGGAAUUAUUUUAUUUUAUUUUGUUCCUUCCCUCCUGGUCAUUGCUUUACUGAAAAUGCCAGGAAAUCUCCAUCCACAAAGUCUGAACAAUUUAUACCUUCCCCCUAAAAGUACACAUACUACCAGGAAAUUUCUAAACACAAGAUCUGCACCAGCAUUUUCAGGAAAUGUGCAACCACAAGGUCCCUUGCAAGUGGACAGUUUGACUUUUGCUUCUUGAAAGCACCUUGAGGACAGCUAAAUGGGUUAUACUUAGUAGGUCAUGCCAUUUGUAAUCAUAAUCUAACUGGGGGGAAGCCAACAUUAUGGACACAUAGGCCAAGGGUCUCUCUUUUUCCUUCAAAGGCUCCAGGCGAGCCUCCCUGGGGAGAGCAUUCCACAAGUGGGGAGCCCCCACAAAAAAGGCCUGUUCUCUUGUUGCCAUCUUCUGGGCUACAGAGAAUGAUCACAGAGUCCAUGUUUAUUCAUAUGGGGAGAGGUGGGUCUUGAUAUUGAAAGAGAACAACAUCCCCCACCCCAAGGACCCCUUUCCCAUGAGUUGUUAAACCCCCCAAAUACAGAGCUGGUCAAGUUGACUGGUGGGGUUUCUAAAGUUCAAACAGAAUCCUCCAUACUAUUUUCAACUUCUCAUUUCUUCUUUUCCUUUUGGUAGGGAAGAAGACAAUGGCUAACAUGAACUGCAGAGUCGGGAUGACUUCCCCAUCUCCCAGUGGCUUUGUUUGGCAGAACCAAUGGUAUCCUGCUUUCUGCAAAGUGCUCAAUGGCAGCACCUUGGAUAAUGUUUACUCUUGCUUACAGGGAAAGCAGGUUUUCCUCCUGGGAGACUCAACUGUGUGGCAAUGGAUCGAGUAUCUCUCUAAAAGAGUGAGCAGUACGUUUUCCCACCCAGAGAAACCACAAUGUAGUAUUUGGCCUAUUAACAGUAUCAACUUCUAUGUACCCAGAAACUUUUAUUAUUUAAUGAUAAUAAUAAUAAUAAUAGUAAUGUAGGAAGACUUCUGUACAGCUUGGUGUUAGCUAUAAAGAGCCACAUGAACUGAUCUGGUUGCAGUGAAAGCCUGAUUAGAGACACUUUCCUUGGAUGGCAGGAGGGUUUAGUGAAAGUUGGAGAGCUUUGUGAAAUGAAGGGAAUGUUGUGAGAGAUCAUUCUAUUUGGUGGCUGAAGUGGUAUGGUUAGAAUGAAUCCAGCACAGAUGAUAGAUAUAGAUAGAUAGAUAGAUAGAGAGAUAGAUAGAGAGAUAGAUAGAGAGAUACAUAGAUAGGCUGAUAGAUUGAUCAAUCGAUAGUAAAGGUAAAAGGUAAAGGACCCCUGGAUUGUUAAGUCCAGUCGAAUUCAACUAUGGGGUGCAGCACUCAUCUCCGCUUUCAGGCUGAGAGAAGUGGCAUUUGUCCACAGAUAACUUUUCCAGCUCGUGUAGCCAGCAUGACAAAAACUGCUUCUGGCACAACAGAACACCAUGACGAGUACUGGAGUGCAUGGAAACUCCAUUUACCUUCCCAUCACAGUGGUACCUAUUUAUCUGCUUGUGCUGGUAUGCUUUUGAACUGCUAGGCUGGCAGGAGCUGGGACAGAGCAACGGGAGCUCACCCCAUUGUGGGGAUUCGAACCGCCAACCUUCCAAUCAGCAAGCCCAAGAGAUUCAGUGGUUUAGACCAAAGCGCCACCCACAUCCCCAGAUAGCUAGAUAGCUAGAUAGAGAAAUAGAGAUAUACAGUAGACACAGAUGUGCUUGUUCUGUAUUCACUCAUUUAGGUUAUGCAAAGAGCAAGGAACUUUUCUGGGGGACUUGUGUAUGGGAGAGCAGUAAGUUGUGCCUAAGAAAGAGAGCUAGGCUUGCUGCAGGUGGACGUUUUUGGCUGUUUCUCUAUUAAACAAGCAACAUCUUUGCUCAGUAAGUUUUCCUCGCAAAAAGUAGGAGUGGGGGGACCCCCAAGUCUGCAAAGGUGGUUAUAUUAGGUUCAAUAUAUUUCUCAUUGUAAAAGUGGAGCAACUUUUUUAAAACAACAACAGAUCCAUCUGUUUUUGUCAAGAGGACCUUUAUUUAGACGUAGGUCUAUGCAAAUGGAAUAUGAGACCUUGCAGGGCUACAUAGUGAGCAUUUACAAAGAAGUCUGUGUUUUAUAGCUUCUGACCAAUAUAUUUGCAAAUUAUUUUCACUUGAUAUCAGUUUUGGUUUUUCAAUUCCUAGUCUCCUGAUUAUCUUUUAGUGUUUUAUUCAGAACUUUGUACAAGGUACCGUAUUUUUUGCUCUAUAAGACUCACUUUUUCCCUCCUAAAAAGUAAGGGGAAAUGUGUGUGCGUCUUAUGGAGCGAAUGCAGGCUGCGCAGCUAUCCCAGAAGCCAGAACAGCAAGAGGAAUUGCUGCUUUCACUGCACAGCGAUCCCUCUUGCUGUUCUGGCUUCUGAGAUUCAGAAUAUUUUUUUUCUUGUUUUCCUCCUCCAAAAACUAGGUGUGUCUUGUGGUCUGGUGCGUCUUAUAGAGCGAAAAAUACGGUAAUUAACUGGCUUGUCCUGUUCCUUUUCCAUUUCUGUUUUGCCCCACUUGAAAUAGUCCAGUGAUUUCUCAGAGGAUUUUACAUAUAUAUAUAUGUAACUUGUCUUUAUUUUGCAUCUGUUCCCAUAUUAGCGCUUUCGUAA